AUGAGCCGGCAACAAAUCCAGGCUUCCGACAUUACCAGAAUGUUCUUUAAAGACACUGCGCUCCGCUUAAAAUAUACAUUAUGGGCCGGAGCAUGUGAACUAAUUCAAUUAACGAAUUACGGGAGUGCGCACGAGGCAGCAAGCUCUCGGCAGCCGGGCUGGGCUCCGGCUUCGGCUCGGCCUGAGGCUGGGGACUCCGUGGCCGCGGCCCCCGUCACAGGUGUCUCUAGAGCUUUGGGCCCUGGCGGCCCCUCUAGUCCCCGAGCGGCCCGCCCAGCUCCUUCCCGGCCCUCUGCAGCAGCUCCAGUCCGGAGACCCGCUGGUUGUCGCGUUCCCAGGAGUCAGGACUUUCUGGGGGCCCGGGCGGGGGGGAGGAGGAAUUCUGCCCAGAGUCUGCAGCAGUUGGUAGCAGGCAAGCUUUCUCCUGGGUGUCGCCUGGAAAAGUUGCAAAAUUGCUGUUCACCUGUAAGAACAUGCUCUUUAUCUUCCAGUCUCUUCUUGUCAAUUUGGAAAUCGCAGACAGCCCGGCUCAGACUUAUUUGUGCAUAUAGUAGAAGUCUUCCCGGUGGCAUGAAUCAACAAAGAGUUGAGUAACGAGGAAGCAAUUUGAUCAGCUAAUUUGGAGAAAUUGAGUCCUACAACUAUUAUUUAGUUCAUCAAAACAUGUAAACCUCAAUGAGAACAAUGAAAUGUGUGACAAUUCUUUUUUACCAGAAAAGUACUGUUUGAAAUUAUAUUUUAGGGUUAUGAAAAUUUUACUUGGGAUUGAACACAGUAAACUUCAGAUGACUUUUAUAUUAUUUAAGAAAGAGAAGUGUGAGUUAAAUAGUGUUCUCCAUAAGCACUUGUUUUAACCUCUGUUACGUAACAUUUUGUUACCAAGGAUUCUACUAGUUAGCGCUUCUACAUAGGUAUACUACAAUGAUAAUUGAUGUUAUAACUGAUCAAUCAUGAUGAUUUUCAGUCAUUGAAUGACCUUUUUAAUUAUCAAAGUUUCAGCUGUGCACAAUUCUAGUUUUACUUGCUAUUUGUUUUUAAUUAUUAUUUUAUAAGAAUUGUCAAUCUAUUAGAAAACCAUUAGCUAGAUUAUUUGAAUAAUAUCCAUAUCCUCCAAUCAUGUAAGGUAACAUAAUUUAUUUUCUUUGCUCCAGUAGGCACCUAGGGUAUUUGAAACCUUGAGGAGAUCAUUUUUAAACACUCCCCUUGUCUUAUACCACAAAACUAUCUUCUGUAAAAUUUAUAAAAUGAAAACAAUAAUAAUAACAACGUCUAAAACACAAAAAUAAACCAUGAAUAUUUUCUUUUACUGAACUUUCAAUUUAUAAUUGUUCAGUAAAGGAAAAUAAAUAAUUCUAAAUAAAUAGAGAUUAUAGUGCAAAAAAAUAGAAAAAAAAUGAAUUAAUAGUCUGUAAGUAUAUUAGUGCAUUUUUUGAGAAAAGGGAAAUAUUAUAUCUACAUAUCAGUCUGUUGCAGUAAUAAAUAAUAAUAUAAUGCUUGCUUU